AUUUAACAAAGGUAGGACAAAACUCUUGGUGACCCUCCAAACUGAUCUAUACUCCUUCAUAAGCGCAUAUAUGUUCUACUUGUGUGUACAUAUUAAUUUCUAGUUGUGUGUACUGGUUAUACUGUAUGUUAUGAGGCCAUUGCAGUUUUUGUUGUACAUUUUUAAUGGUAAAGAUGUCAACUGAUUAAGUGAAAUGUUUUUUUGUUACAGGAUGCAGGAGACCAUACUGCUGUUCUGUCUUUCAGGGCUCUUCCUGGGCCACCAUGCCUUGCCUCCUAUCAAAUCCUACUACUACGUGGACCAGAAGCUGAGCUGGACCGAUGCUCAGCAACACUGCAGGGACCUGAAGGGGGACCUGGCCACCGUAGACAACGUAGUGGACCUCCAGCACCUGAAUGAGUCCAGAACGGGCUUUAAUUACGACGACGACUUCAUGUGGAUCGGACUUUAUGAUGACCGCACCCGUUGGAAGUGGUCCCUCGGAGACCAGGACUACAAAAUUGGCCAAAACUAUGGAACGUGGACUGGUGGUGACCCAGACUUCCGUAGGAAUGAAGAGAAUUGUACAGUUAUGUUCAAUACUGGUAAAGGAUUGACCGGAGUGUGGGCCGAUACAUCGUGCUCUGAACAACGCGGUGCAGUUUGCUUUGAUGAUGAAGAGCCCCACUACAUCGCGCUCCCAAAACGUAUGACUUGGUAUGAUGCAAUGCAAUCCUGCCGGUCUAACUACACGGACCUGGCCAGUGUGCGCAAUAUUUCUGAGAGCUACAAUGUAUCGGCACUCAUUCCAGAACAAGCAUGGAUUGGUCUCCACAGAUACCCGUGGUCCCUCUGGUCUGACGGAAGUAGUGCCACUUUCUUGAAUUGGGGACCCGGUGAACCAAACAGCUCUCGAGGCCCCAUUGCUCCACGUUGUGUAAAAAUGUCCGUCAACUCAGGGCACUUUUUUGAUGAGGAAUGUGGCCUUUUGUACAACUUCGCCUGCCAGGGAAAUCUGAAGCAACGGUCAACCUUCAAGAUAAAGAUCAGCUCUGAAGCAGACAUGAUGGAUCCUGAGGUGGGACGCCAGAUUUUGGAACAGCUCCAUGCCAAACUGGCCGAGGUGGGUGUGACUGGGUCAAAUAUCAGCUGGGUUCUCGAGGACGGACAGGUGUUUCACAAGGACCAGCCCAGCAAGACAUGAGAGGGAGGUCAUCGCUGUGUUCUGCUCUUUGUGUAUUGAAAUAGACCUUUAGUCAUCUAGCAACAGGGCUCCAAGGAGAUCCACCUUUAGGCUGAGAAGAUUUAGAUAAUAAAAUGCUGUCAUUUAUCACAUGCUAGAAUUUUGCAAGUAGUAGUAGUAGUAGUAGUAGUAGUAUUACUUGUAAUAGUAGUAGUACCAGUACCACCACCCCCACCUGCGAGAGCUCCGGUUUCCUCCAGCACCACAAAUUGUUUCUGUUAACACUCCUUUCCUGUCCAUGACCCAGAGACGGGCUGGCUCCUCCCUGGAGGUGGUGCCCAGGCCCCGCCCUGUGAGGCAGGCAGCCCACUGCCCGCUCCUAGGUACCAGCUCUCAGCUCCUACCUCCUAGGUACCAGCUCUCAGCUCCUACCUCCUAGGUACCAGCUCUCAGCUCCUACCUCCUAGGUACCAGCUCUCAGCUCCUACCUCCUAGGUACCAGCUCUCAGCUCCUACCUCCUAGGUACCAGCUCUCAGCUCCUACCUCCUAGGUACCAGCUCUCAGCUCCUACCUCCUAGGUACCAGCUCUCAGCUCCUACCUCCUAGGUACCAGCUCUCAGCUCCUACCUCCUAGGUACCAGCUCUCAGCUCCUACCUCCUAGGUACCAGCUCUCAGCUCCUACCUCCUAGGUACCAGCUCUCAGCUCCUACCUCCUAGGUACCAGCUCUCAGCUCCUACCUCCUAGGUACCAGCUCUCAGCUCCUACCUCCUAGCUGAUGGGUUCAAUGCAGAGAAUGGAUUUCUCCAUGGGGAUUAAUUAAAGUAAAAUAAAAUAAUAUAUAUAUAUUUUUUUAUAUUUAUACAUUAGUAUUAUUGCUGAUAUAAGUGGUUACCCCAAAUUAAUCGUAGCCUAAUGUUAUUUCAUUGAUUCUGCUUUAGUCUCUUAUCAGCGGAGUGUCUUGUUGACAACGUAAGGUUGUGUCCAGUCCUUAUAUCAUUACGGUGUUUGACAUAUCAACAUGGAAAGAAAACUGUAGAUUUUGCCAUUAUGUCCUCUUGUGUUUAUUAGAAAUAUGAUUCACUAUACAAGUAUCAAUCUUCAGAAUGAAUAAAGUAAUGUAUCAACACCAAUCAAUGAGUUGUUUUUUCUCUGAGCGCAGAAGGAGACACCAGCAACAAGGCGUCACUCGUCCAAAUUUGGUCCUGCGUGUAACGGACUAAAUCAUUGAUGUGCUUUUGCAUCAGAAAUGACAGACACUAAUUACCCAUAUCGAUCGAUGAUGCAAUGUAUUUAACAUGGGUGAUAAUUAAAAAAUGUAACGUUUCUCAAGUAAAGACUUUUACUAAUUUCCCACUCAUUGAGCAUCGUGUUUUGUGACGAGUGAACUGUAUCAUGAUGUUCUUAUCAGGCUAUAGGCCUAUAAUAGUAUGAUAUUAAAUAAUUAGAUAAUAUCAUAAUAAUAUCAUUAUUUUUUGCCAUUCCCAUGAGGAUCCAUCGUCGCAUAUCCUGCAAUCUCGUCCCCUGACGGCGGUAUUGAAUGAACACCGUGUGUUGGCCAACGCAUGCCUCUAAACAAAACACAAGAAAAAACACAAAUAAUCGAGGGGUUGAAAGAAGACUUUGAAAACUAGAAAGAUUAGUUUCCAUUAUUAAUCUGAUUAGAAUCAGAGUCAAUUGAAGCGAAAUAAGGACAUUGGUACU